UCAGGUUCUACUUCAGGUUCUAGUUCUGGUUCUAGUUCAGGUUCUAGUUCAGGCUCUAGUUUAGGUUCUAGUUCUGGUUCUAGUUCAGGUUCUAGAUCCGGUUCUAGUUCUGGUUCUAGUUCUGGUUCUAGUUCAGGAUCUAGUUCAGGUUCUAGUUCUAGAUCCGGUUCUAGUUCUGGUUCUAGUUCAGGCUCUAGUUCUGGUUCUAAUUCAGGUUCUAGUUCAGGCUCUAGUUCAGGUUCUAGUUCUAGAUCCGGUUCUAGUUCUGGUUCUAGUUCAGGCUCUAGUUCAGGCUCUAGUUUAGGUUCUAGUUCAGGUUCUAGUUCAGGCUCUAGUUCACUUUCUAGUACUAGUUCAGGUUCUAGUUCAGGUUCUAGUUCUGGUUCUAGUUCUGGUUCUAGUUCAGGAUCUAGUUCAGGUUCUAGUUCUAGAUCCGGUUCUAGUUCUGGUUCUACUUCAGGCUCUAGUUCUGGUUCUAAUUCAGGUUCUAGUUCAGGCUCUAGUUCAGGUUCUAGUUCAGGUUCUAGUUCAGGAUCUAGUUCUAGUUCAGGCUCCAGUUCUGGUUCUAGUUCUAGUUCU